AUGACAUUAGAAGUGUGCAAAGAUAUGUUAAUUAAACAUUGUGAUAUGGAGUUUACGAUCCAACCAAUGGAAUCAGAAACCGAAAUAGCAGCAAAAAAUCUUCAAAAUAUUAACGAAGAGCUAAUGUUCCAAACAAAUCCAAACGAACUAGAAGAAGACAACAUAGGAAUCAUUGAAAAUAUUCAAAAUGGCAUCGAAUACAUGCCAACAGAAAUCCAAAACUGCGUGGAAGUUGAAUCCACGAAUAUCAUAACUAUACCAGAAAAUCAAAUAGUAGAAAUUCAAUUUCAAACCGAUAACGGUACAGUCAAUACUGAAUAUAUAGUUGAAAAUAGUCUAAUAGAAAAUAACAAUAUUAAAUCCACAUUUAUAAAUCUCAAAGACGGUGUAUACGAAGAAAUCAUUCCCUAUCACGUAAUCGAAAAUCCAAUUAACUCCAGUACAGAUAAUUUCGAAUUAGUUCAGCAAAUGGAAGAGUCAAUUCAAAGAUCGAACGAUGAUUUCACCGAUAAUAUAAUUAAUAUACCGAUGCUAAGUCCUCCGAGCGAAAACGACGAACAAAGCGAAACCGAUCUCACAAGUUUAAACUGGUUGCAUAACAUCACCAACAUCAUGUCCAUGCCUAACAUCCCAACUCCACCUGUCUCACCUCCUCCCAAACCAAAAAGAAAAUCGACGAGUAACCAAGAAGAUUUAACAAUAAAUAUUAACUAUUAUAAAAAGAAUGGCGAUAAGAAACCUCCUUUUUCAUACGCAACUUUGAUUUGCAUGGCGAUGAGUAAAAAUGGAAACAAGAUGACCUUGUCGGCUAUUUACAACUGGAUUUUGGAGAAUUUUUUGUACUACAGGAAAGCUCAUCCUAGUUGGCAGAAUUCCAUUAGGCAUAAUUUAUCACUCAAUAAAUGUUUCGUUAAACAUCCCCGGUCAAAGGACCAACCUGGUAAAGGAGGAUUUUGGAAAUUGGAUUUAGAAAGAUUAGAAGAGUCCAGACGAUCAAAAAGGAGGUCAAGUCUGACGGUGCGAUCACCAAGAAAUCGAUUACCCGAACAAAAGGUACAGAAACCUUCCAGAAAAACCAAAAGCGGUGAGUUCACCAAUGAGCCAAGGCAUCCAUCGGCUUUAAAAGCCGAUGGAUAUGUGAUAGACGAAUGGUGA